CAGUCCUGACCAUCUACCAGCAGCUUCAUCCAUACACAGUGGAACCUUCAUAUAGAAGACAAGAUGUUGUUGCCUGUGCUUCUGCUUUUGAUAACCAUACAUAAUUUGAUGGCAGCUCAAACCAUCAUAUCUGUUCCAAAUGGGGAAACAUUGGGAAGCUGGGGCCCUAUGGAGGUUUGUGAUAGGGGAAUGGAGGUGCGAGGAUUCCAGCUUAAAGUGCAUCGACGACAAGGACCUCUAGACGACACGGCUCUGAACGGGAUUGCACUAUUUUGCACAAAACCUUCAUCCAGUGAGGUGGUGAAGAUCAUUCGCUCUAAAGAAGGAGCAUUUGGCUCCUGGGGGCCUACUUUUUCAUGUAAUUCAGGAUAUCUCAAAAAUUUCAGCCUGAGAGUUGAACCUAGAAUCAGGGGGGAUGACACGGCUGCCAACAACAUCAAGUUUACAUGCUCUGAUGGCUCGGUCUUGGAGGGAAAUGGUCUGACCUGGGGAUAUUAUGGACCAUGGAGCUCUAACUGUGCGGAAGGAAUGCGUGGCAUCCAAGCCAGAGUCCAGGAAAGACGAGGAUUUUGGAGGGAUGAUGUCGCUCUCACUGAUGUUAAGUUUUUGUGUAGUGAUGGAUAUCUAAAAAACUUCAGCCUGAGAGUUGAACCUAGAGUCAGGUGGAAUAACACGGCCGCCAACAACAUUACGUUUACGUGCUCUGAUGGCUCUGUUAUGGAGGGAAAUGGUCUGACCUGGGAAAAUUAUGGUCCAUGGAGCCCUAACUGUGCCAAAGAAAUAUGUGGCAUCCAAACCAGAGUGGAAGCACCAAUCGGACGUCGUGGAGAUGACACUGCCCUGAAUGGGAUCGGACUGCUCUGUGCGUACCCAAACGGGUCUACUGCAGGAAUGAUUACAUCUAGAGUAUCACCAUGGGGGCAAUGGACUUCCGUUUUACGGUGUCCAGGAAAUUUUGCAGCUUUUAGGCUGCAGGUUGAACCCCCUCAGGGUGAUGGAGAUGACACAGCGGCCAACAACAUGGAGAUGUUAUGUUCAGAUCCAAAACACCUGAUAGGAAAUGGUGGCCGCUGGGGAACUUAUGAAGGCUGGAGUAGUCCUUGCUAUGAUGGGAUCUGUGCUAUCAAAACCAAAGUGGAAGAACCACAAGACAGAGGAGAUGACACCGCUCUCAAUGAUGUCCAGUUUGAAUGUUGUUGACCACAAAUCACCCCAGUUAUGGGGUUCAUGUAAACCUGGAUCUGAAUUUCGUAAAUAAAACCAUAGGUUCAUGUCUUGGU